AUGUGACGUCAGACUGUUAACUCAGUCCGGCAAUGGCGAAGUAGAGCCAAGGAAGGAGAGGGAGAGAUAGUGACUAGAAUCCGAUGCAAUCCUGCGUACAGGUGGCCAAAAUGACAAUAAAAUUUGGUGGAGCAUAAUCUACAGCGUUUAGCGUGUCGUUUGGUGCAGAUAUUGUCGGGGUGCAUUUGGAAAGAAGCGAGAAAAGUGUUGGUGAAAAUCCUUCUGUGAGAAAGGCUGAGACAGACAGAGAGAGAAACAUAGAGUUUCCCUGAGUAACCGGGUUAAAAUCAAACUCAUUCAGUGGGCACCAGGCGAAACCCCACCAUGGAACUGAGAGUGGGAAACAGGUACCGACUCGGCAGGAAAAUCGGCAGCGGGUCCUUCGGAGACAUUUACCUGGGAACUGACAUUGCUGCAGGAGAGGAGGUGGCCAUUAAGCUGGAAUGUGUGAAAACCAAACACCCACAGCUACACAUUGAGAGCAAGAUCUACAAGAUGAUGCAAGGAGGUGUUGGCAUUCCCACCAUUAAGUGGUGUGGUGCAGAGGGAGAUUACAACGUGAUGGUAAUGGAACUGCUUGGACCAAGUCUCGAGGAUCUCUUUAACUUCUGUUCUCGUAAAUUCAGCCUUAAGACAGUCCUUCUCCUUGCUGAUCAGAUGAUCAGUAGAAUUGAAUACAUUCAUUCGAAGAAUUUUAUCCAUCGUGAUGUGAAACCUGACAACUUCCUAAUGGGGUUGGGAAAGAAAGGCAACUUGGUCUAUAUUAUUGACUUUGGGCUAGCAAAAAAGUACCGGGAUGCACGGACGCACCAACAUAUACCAUAUCGCGAGAAUAAGAACCUUACAGGAACAGCUCGAUAUGCUUCAAUCAAUACCCAUUUGGGAAUAGAACAAAGCCGCCGUGAUGAUCUGGAAUCCUUGGGCUAUGUUCUGAUGUACUUUAACUUGGGAUCGUUGCCUUGGCAAGGUCUGAAGGCAGCAACAAAGAGGCAGAAGUAUGAACGCAUUAGUGAAAAGAAAAUGUCGACACCCAUUGAAGUACUGUGCAAAGGUUACUCGUCUGAGUUUGCCACAUACUUGAACUUCUGCCGCUCCCUGCGUUUUGAUGACAAACCAGACUACUCCUACUUGAGGCAAUUAUUUCGUAACCUCUUCCACCGCCAAGGCUUCUCUUAUGACUAUGUCUUUGACUGGAACAUGCUCAAAUUUGGAGCCAGCAGAGCAGCAGAUGAUGACCGUGAACGGAGAGAACGAGAGGAACGAAUGAGGCACGGUCGAAAUCCAGCAGCACGGGGAUUGCCCUCAACUGCUUCUGGGAGGCUGAGAGGAAAUCAAGAAGUGGCACCACAGACGCCUCUCACCCCCACGUCCCACACUGCUAACACGUCUCCACGCCCUGUUUCUGGCAUGGAACGGGAGCGGAAAGUGAGCAUGAGGUUACAUCGUGGCGCUCCUGUUAACGUUUCCUCAACAGAUUUAACCGGACGUCAGGACACAUCACGAAUGUCAACAUCACAGAAUAGCCUCCCUUUCGAGCAUGGCAUGUAGCUGGUCCACACGCACUGAAGGCAGCACUGGAUCCCAGCCCGGGUGACUUCCAGCGGCAUCCAUUCCGCUGUUCCUCGAUGAAAAUGACUCACCAUGGAGGGCGGACAAUGCAUGGCUGAUGUCCCAUUCUAACCUUGAAACUCGUGACCCCCUACAAAGCAAACUGAUGAAAUGAAGCUCUCGAUGCCUUUAACUAAAAUGCGGAAGGAAAACUUUUUUAAAAAGUUUUCUUUAAGAACGCCUUUGCAAGGAGACCUUUUGCCUGACUGCAGUGUAAAAUACAAGUUAAAAGAUUGCGCCCACUGCUUCAGUAGCAGGGGCGACUCUAAAGACGGUUUACAGAAUUGACCGCAAAUAGAAUAGAUAUCGCCAUCCCUUCUCCUUCCAUGAUUGGCAUUAUGUAGCCUUUUAUUACUCUACUGUACAACCGUAGAUCUUUACCCAGUUUAAAUAUUUUGUAUCAGCCUGCUAAAAUUGAAAGCAGCAUCUAUGUAGAUAAGUAGAAUGUUGUCCUGCUUUUAUGUAUGUGAUGCUCUUAUAGGUUUGAGAAUCUGAAAUGGAGAUUGAUUGACUUGAAAAAUCCUGUAACACAUAGGGUUGGCAAUGAGUGUUUGUGAAUUUAAAAGCAGCUGAUUUUAUUUAAAGCUUUCUCCAGUCUUUUGUAUUAAACUUGAGUUUGAAAAUGUUCCCUUUUUUGGUAGCACACUGUAUCAAUUAAUGUUUUUGGUUUUUAUUAUCUAGGUUGUUUGCGCACUUUUAACUUCCACAUUUUAUUUUUUUAUCAUAAUAAAAACUGAAUGAUCAUUGGUGCCAGAAGCCAUUUUCUGACUUGUGGAAGAAGCUGCCAACAUACCCGGCAGAAGCAGUGUGGAGGAAAAUGGCAGUGCCAAGGUCCAGCAGAAAAUGUGACCUUAAAAAUCAAAAUGUGGAAGAAUAAAGUAAAAAGUAAUGAUAAAGCUGUGUUUUGGUGACAGUUAUUUUUAAAACUAGUGUGUCUGAUAAGUGUUGGUACCGAGUUUACUCUUGGGGUUCCCUAGCCUAAGGGGUUAUUGCAUUUCCAUUAAUCACUUAGGUGUAGAAAGAGCUUUUUAAACAAAAAGCUGUGAAGGACUUGUACAGUAAAAAUGUGAAUUCUGCCAUUAGCUUAUAGGGGCUAAUGAAUCUAUACAUUCCAAUGCGCAUGCUUCAAAACAUCCUACUUUGUUUUUAAAAUGUUUACAUGUGGCGCUGGUGGACCCAGCUUGAAGGUUUUUUUGAAAGCUAACUGGGAUUCAGGCAAAAAUGGAGUAUCAUAAUGUGGUUGCUAUGUACAGCUUCCAGGUAGCACACUGAGGGGGAUGGAAGAACUCAUAGAUGUGUGUGUUUUAUUAUUUUUUUUUUCUAUCAGCCACACUUACAUUUCUCAUCAGCUUCUUGGGAGGUAGCAUGAAAGGGUAUCUGGCUACAUGUCAGAAAUGCCUUACUCUUGAUGCAUGCGCACUGACAUGUUAAACAGGAACACAGCGAGAACUGGCGUUACUGCAUUAAGAUUCUUCCCUUCAUUUGAAUAGUCCUGUGGGGGUUUUGUUGUAAAUGUUUGUGGUUAAAUUAAUAUUUCCCAUAAGAUUUGUAAGGAGAAACUUGAAGAUUCCCUACGACUGAUUUGUCGAACUGGUGGUGCCUCCAAGAUAUCGGACUCCUCCAAUUUUCCUUUCAAGCAAAUGAACUCAUGAUCUUGGGUGGCUGAUUUACCCCUCUGUAGAAUGUCUGUGUAUAUCCUGUGUAAUGGUUAAGAAAUACUGGUAACCUAUUUGUAUUGCAGCUGUAUUUGUGUACUUUAAAAAUGUAAAUAAAUUCAUAAUGACUUGUA